CUAAGAAAUAAGAACCUUAAGUAGUGAUCGUAGUCUAUAGGCACAUUUUGCAUCUUCCUUUCUAGAAAGGUGAUAUUUUGACAUCCAACCUAGACAAUUAAAAAAAAAAAAAAAACCCAAAAAUCCCAUUGUACCCCAAAUAUAUGUGAUGUGCUCUUUAUGUAUGUAAAAUUGAGUUUGUCACAAUCUGUGGCGCAAGUCCAAGAGUGUGUGCAGUGACAUUUAGUUCCAUAUGGAAGAGUAAGAAAACCUUAAAAUAAUGGGGUCCAAAUUUCACAUGUCCGUUUCUUUCCGCAUACUUUUGACGCACUCAUCCGCAUGCUCCUCCUCCUCCUCUCCUCUCAUCCAAAGAGUAUUCCAAUUUUUUUUCUCUUCCCCUUAUGAUAUAUAUACAUAUAUAAUAGUACAACCCAUUAAAUUCACGGACCAAUUAUAGUGACCAUUAUAAUCACCAUGGCCAUCACCUCAUAUGAACAAAAAUUCUUCCCCCAAGAGAAAAAAAAAAUACUUGAAUAAAAUUGAUAGCAUAAUCGUGUAAGGAAACAACUGUUAGUGGGGUCCUACAUUUUUAUCUUUGUUGGCAUUCAUUCCUAUAUAUAAAUUCGGUAGCUUGGAGUUUUGGCUUUAUAGCUUACGCAACCCAAAAACACUAUUUUGUUGUGUUUGUGGUUUACUUCUUUUUCUCCUUCUUGUUCAACCUUUUAGCUGAAAAGGAACUUAAAAAACAUUUCUAGGAUGAGCAAAGGGAAGAGGAGUUGUAGUACAAGUGCAAAUGAGGAAGAAGAAUCAGCAGCAGCAUUUGAUGAUCUAAGAAGAGGGCCAUGGACACUUGAAGAAGAUAAUCUCCUCAUCCAUUACAUCACAUGCAAUGGUGAAGGCAGAUGGAAUACUUUAGCCAAAUGUGCAGGGUUGAAGAGAACAGGGAAAAGUUGCAGAUUGAGGUGGCUGAAUUACUUAAAACCAGACAUCAAACGAGGAAAUCUCACCCCACAAGAACAGCUUCUCAUACUUGAACUCCAUUCUAAGUGGGGAAACAGGUGUCCAAAUUUCUUAAUUUUGGCGGUUUUUAGGGCCAUGCAUGUUGGAAACGUGUCUUAGGAAAGUCGAAUUCUUCAAUUUUAUGGGAUUCUUUCUAUCAACUUAUAAUAACAACAAUGUUUGUGGUUAAAUUUCCCAGGUGGUCAAAAAUUGCGCAGCAUCUACCAGGAAGAACAGAUAAUGAAAUCAAGAACUACUGGAGAACAAGGGUGCAGAAACAGGCACGCCAAUUAAACGUUGAUUCCAACAGCAAGAAAUUCCUUGAAGCAAUCAAGAGUUACUGGAUGCCUAGAUUGCUUGAGAAAGUGGAACAGAAUUCAUCAAUCUCAUCCUCAUCCUCAUCCAGUGACAAUCACCAUUGUUCUGCACCUUCUCCCCUGCUCACAAAUGAUGCCAUUCCCCUGCCUCCAUCAUCAUCAUCAUCAACAUCACCGGAAUCACUGAAAAGCUCAUCAGAUUCGUUGAAACAGAUGCAUUUCCCAGCAACCCAGAUGGAGAAUCAUCAUGAUCAUCGUCAUGGUGGGCCUGUUGUUGAAUCCUGUGGGAACAAGAGCCUGAUGAUUAAGGAUGAGUGUUAUCAAGUGGACAUGACUAGCUAUGGUGAUGCAGGGGAGGCUCCACUUUUUGCAAAUCCCGAGUUCUUAUCAUCAUCAGCAAUGGAAUCUCAGGAGGACUUGAAUUUCUCAGGAUGCCAGCAGAUCAUUUCAGAGGCGAAUUGGUUUGAUGAUGAGAUGCCAGAAAUUACUACAUUUUGGAACAUGGAUGAAUUAUGGCAUUUCAGAAAACCAGAGGUAGGAAUCUAGAGCUACUGUUAGAUUCAAUAUCAUAGACCGGUCUAGGUUUACUGCUGGAAUCGAAAGGCCAAAAUCACUACAACUCAUUUAUGUGUCAAAAGAGUAGGAUGUGUUGCAAAAUUGGCCCGACCUUUUUUUGUUAAUAUGUUUUCUAGCAAAUACAGUAGAAGACUAGUAAGUUCAUCAUUUUCCAUCUUUGCUUUUACCUCUCGCUUGUUUUAUGAAAGCUUUCUGUAGACUACAAUUAGCUUAGAAACUUAUAAAGGGCUUCAGCGGCAAAGUGGCAAAAAGAUCAAUUACCAUAGCCUUUGAGUAGAUGCGACAAUUUCUGCACCAAAAUGUUAAUAUUGUUUUCACCAUACAAAGCUACGGAUAAUUGAAAUGUUGUUUUUAAGAAUUGUAAUCACGAG